AUGAAGGAAAUUUUCCUAAUUUCUAUGAUUUUUUUCUGUGUCACGCUUGGAGACGAGACGGUUGUUACAAGCACAAUCUCGCCGGAAAUUGUGAAAGAAUUUUGGCAAAAAUUCUCAAAAGACAACACUGAGCGACAAAAUGAGAAAGCCGCUUCGGAUUUCAUCGCUCAACAAUCACAACAAGUGCAGGCCACAUUGCGCAUGAUGAUGUCCACGAAAUUUGCUCAAAUCAUGGAGGAGGUCGAGCAGACAAAGAAUCUGAUUGCUUCACUGAAAAUCAGCGACGCGGCGAAGAAAUACGUCGAUGAGGCAACGAAAAUUUGGAAAAAUCGCGAUUUGACAUGGGCACAAAAAGAGAAACAGUUCGAAACGGUCAAGCAACAAGCGCAAGAAGAUCCAGCUGCAGCGAUUGACUUUGCCAAGGUCGAAGCGGCUGUGAAAGGUGUUGUCACUCAAGAAAACAACGAAGCGCCGAUGAAGAGAAAAAAACGAGCGGCCAGAAUUCAUCACAAAAUCGCAGCUGCUCAAGAG